AUGCCUGGCCUGGAUGACACGGACCCAACUGACUUCGAGGGGAUCGAGGGUAUUGGCAUUCUGCCCGUGACACCGCCAGGCCACGAGCGUCCUCGAAAAGAGCCUCGCAACAAUGCUGCCACAGGCGCGUCCGCAGCUGGCGUACGCGCAUUUACGGCCCAGGCCGUAGCAUUCUACUUUCGAGCUCCCGUAAAAGCAUUCUUCCGUACCAGGGUUGACUACCUCGCCUACGCCAGGUCUCUGAACCCUCACGCACAGUCCGGCAAGUUCUCGUGGCGAGCGACGACGCCCGGCAUCCUGGCAUAUGCUGUUCGACAGUACGGUUGGAAGGUUAUCCCAGACCAAAUAUUGCCUCCGCUUCUCGCCAAUGCGACUAUCGGAGCAGCUCUCUACACUUCGUACCUUCAGGUCCUCGGCCGCCUGCACGAGCCCUCCAGCAAAGCCAGCAAAGUUGUCUAUCCGCCGCCCUCGCCAACCGCGACCUUCUCUGCAGGGUUCCUUGCUGGCGGUAUCCAGUCCUUCAUAGCGGCGCCACUCGACGCUCUACAAGUACGCUUCGACCGAAGGGAAGGUCAACACUAUAAUGGGAAGACAGUCUGGCAAUACUCCCACGAAAAGCUGCGGGAGAUAGGCAUGCGAGGCAUAUUUGCUGGAUGGGGUCUCUCAUUCGUCAAGGACUCCCUGGGAAGCGGCAUCUUCUUCUGCACUUUCGAAUACACCAAAUCCCAAGCCUACUACCGCUUCUUGACCUGGUAUUAUGGCUCGCUCGGUGAGGUCGCCCUCGAUAGUAUCGCAUCCAAGAAAGGUCGCCUGGCCACAGCCGCCGGAUCAUCUCCCACCGCUCCUCUCACCUCAUCAUCAUCACCAUCGACAAUCCGCCCCCACUUCGCCCUCGAGCCCUCCUUCCUCUUCGCCGCUGGCAUUUUCGCCUCUCUAACUCAGCAAACCAUUCUACAUCCGCUCACCAAUCUCCAGACUCAUCACUACGCCCGCCUCGAGCACCUCGACUCUCUCGCCAAACAAUACUCCUCAACUUCCACUCAGCCAAGCGAGUCCCGCGGCCGAAUGCUGCGCGCCUACUACCGCGCGUAUCUAUCAACACUCCGUGAGACACGUGCCGAGGCUGCUUCAGCCUUUCCCAGCAGUGGGACCACGGUUGGGAUGUGGCGAUACCUUUAUCGGAACUUCUGGUGGAAUACGCUGCGCCAGGUCCCGAGCACGAGUGCAGGGCUUAUCAUCUUCGAGCUGGUCAGAAGGAGGUAUGGCUUUGGAGGCGGGGAGGUGAGGAUCCAGCUGGAGGGAACGGGAUGGGAUGUUCUUGUUAGCUAG